ACUCAGGACUACCCCUUCGGUGAGACGGAUGGAGACCGAGCCCCUCCGAGGACCUGCCCCAGCGGUUCUGGCUCGCGCGGCUCAAGUCAUCACCGUGAACAAGGGACCCUAAAGAAUGGCCGAGCCUUGGGGGAACGAGUUGGCGUCUGCAGCUGCCAGGGGGGACCUAGAGCAACUUACUAGUUUGUUGCAAAAUAAUGUAAACGUCAAUGCACAAAAUGGAUUUGGAAGGACUGCGCUGCAGGUUAUGAAACUUGGAAAUCCUGAGAUUGCCAGGAGACUACUACUUAGAGGUGCUAAUCCCGAUUUGAAAGACCGAACUGGUUUCGCUGUCAUUCAUGAUGCAGCCAGAGCAGGUUUCCUGGACACUUUACAGACUUUGCUGGAGUUCCAAGCUGAUGUUAACAUCGAGGAUAAUGAAGGGAACCUGCCCUUGCACUUGGCUGCCAAAGAAGGCCACCUCCCUGUGGUGGAGUUCCUCAUGAAGCACACAGCCAGCAAAGUGGGGCAUCGGAACCAUAAGGGGGACACCGCCUGCGACUUGGCCAGGCUCUACCGGAGGAACGAGGUCGUUAGCCUAAUGGAGGGAAACCAGGCGGAGGGAGCUUCGAAUUUACAAUGAAUAUGGGGAGGGCUCUCCCACACUGCCUUCUACUUUGUCAGUUAAUUGGUUGCCUGUCCUAUAUUACUAUCACUUGUUAAAACUCAGUUUUGUCAUAUUUUAAACAGCUAGUUCAAUCUUCACAGGAUGCAAAAUGGAAAUCUUAGAUUUAUGAACAUAUUUAAGCAAUAUCCUUUUCACUUGCAAAAUCCUGAGUUCUAACACAUAACUGCAAAUAGCUUUGGCUUUCUCCUGAAUAUGUUAUCUUGCCUUGACUUUUUCCUCGCUUCUCCCUUUGCCAGUCUCAAAACCCAACUUAAGAGACUUUGUUUUAAAAAUGUUUUGUCCUGAUGCUUCUUUUGCCUAAUUAAAACACUUUUUCAAAACAGGA